AUUUCACGUUUGGUCUGCCAUACAUAUGUAUAUUUCGCGUCGUCUUUUGCGAUCAUUCGUGUUUGAACCGCGCUGGAGUUAACAACGCUCCCAAUUCGCUCCUGAAAAAAUUUGCGCGUGUGCCUCGAAAAAUUUUAAAUCGCCAACGGGAGUGUGUGUGAAUAAUAAUAAUAAUAAUAAAAUAGGAAAAGCUACAUUUUUCAAAGCGAUUUGCGCUGGUGCGGCUAUAAAUAGCGAACGUACAGCGAGCGUGCGCCUUUUCGCUUAUCAGAGUCCAAAAGACGAAUAAUGCCGGUGAAGGAGAUUCUCCAGCGGUGCAAGCCGAUACCGCUGUACACCGUGCUGGUGCUAUCGAUCUGCUACUUCGUGCUCCAGCUGAUCCUCAGUCACUUGACCCAUGGACUCACUCUUCUUAUGGCCAGUCAUCAUAUGUUGUGUAAUAUUUUCGCACUCGGCGGCUGCAUCAUCACAAUUAAGCAUAGUAAACAAGCACCCCAGGCGAAACAUCCUGCCACCGCCCUGACUAAGAUAAGCGGCUCCGGAGUAGCAGUCGACCUGGUUGAAACGGAUGCCCAAACCCGGGCCAAAAGAGAGUGUCGGGAGCAGAAGCUGCGCAAUACAUUUGGUUGGGCCAGGAUCGAUAUUUUGACCAUGCUGAUUGUGUUCAUUAUCCUGGCCUCGUUAUCAUUUUCGCUGGUGGUGGAAGCUCUGCAAACUCUAGUUCACAUCGAUCAUCAGGAUACGAUGCAUCUCCCAAUACCCGUGAUGAUGCUGGGUUUCAUCGGCCUAAUCCUGAAUGGACUGACAUAUCUGCUAAUCGGUGGAUACACGCUGCACCAGGGAAGCUUUCUGCACCUCACACCCGGAGGAAACGUGGUGCUGGAGCGACCCAUGUCCAGCAAUUUAGAUCUAUCCCUAACUCCGAUGCAAAGACAACUCAGCAAAUCGAGGAACGAUCGUCAGUUGCGCGAGGAACUAGAGGCGGAAGUGGGUAGCGUUUACUUUGCCACCAAGCGCCAGGGAGCCGUGGAAAUGCUGCGGGAUGUUUCCAGUACCAUAUUUGUGAUCGUUUGUGCCGCAAUCGUCUAUGUGGCGGAGGAUGAGCAGCAUACGGCAAAGUUCAUUGAUCCCGUGCUCUCAAUUUUCUCUUGCGUUCUGCUCGUCACGCUUAGUUAUCCCUACAUGAAAGAAUCCUGCUUGAUCCUUCUGCAAACCAUUCCGGGUUCCAUCGACUUGGAAAUCUUUGAGCGAACCUUGGUCACUAAGUUCCCGGAGAUCAUUAGUUACCAUGACCUGCAUAUAUGGCAAUUGGCAGCCCACCGAUACGUGGCUACCAUACACAUUCAGUUCCAGAAUCCCAAACUCUACCUCAAGAUCAUCGAACAGGUUCGGGCAUACUUCCACGAUCAGGGAAUCGGAGCAGUCACAAUCCAACCGGAGUUCUAUCCGGCCACCAAUAAGAAUGCCUCAGCCUCGCUGGAAUGCCUGAUGCAAUGCCAGGCAGUGGAAUGCAUCGAGAAGGUCUGCUGCCGGGAUUCUCGCACCGAUCUGCGCGAGGUUUGUGAUGCUCCCAGUGGCCGAAAAUCAUCGUCUCCAGCCAAGUGUCUAGGCAAUAGCCACGAACAUAGCAGAGCGAAAUCCAAGUCUUGCGCAGAGCUAAGUGCAGUGGUUGUGGAGAAACCCAAGGAACUUUGCGCAGGCCAGCUGCUAAAGGGCCAAGCUGAGCAAGUAGCAAAGUCCAUGCCCAAACUUGAAGAAACUUGUGUGGAAUCUACGAAUGAAGAUGUAGUCAAAUCAAACGGCACUUUACCUGGGCCAACGAGCAGCGAUUGAGGACCGUUCAAUAACUUUAGUGUUGAAUCAAGGUUAACGAUUUUAGGUAGUUUUAAGUUAGUUUACGAUUUUGCCAUAUAGAUAUAUGGAUAUGUAGACGUUUGAGACUAUUUCUUAAACGAGACGCUUAAGUGCACAGCUUAUACAAUUUUUGUAACAAGAGUGAGAGAGAAGAAUGUACAGUACCUAUGCCAAAUCAUUUUAUAUUUUUAAUUCAGACUUUAGCGAUGCGAAAAAUAUGUACGUUUGAUUUUCACCUGAAUCCGGCGGAAGUUUUUUAAUUCAGACGCUAUGUUCGAUUCUCUCUUGUGACAAAACACCAUCUAAGUUUUUCCCACCAGUGCGGUUAGUAAAAAGUUUUUUGUUUUAAGGUACAUUUACUAUGUGUAUGUUGAACUGAAUAUGUACAUAAGUGAAACAAUUUACAAACGAAAGAUUACAAAAAAUAUAUUAACGUGACGUGUCAUUAGCUAAGCUUUUUUAUAAA